AUGGAACAUAGGGCAGGAGAUUGCAAUGGAGAGGAAAUUCCCAAGAAAACGAGAUCUCUUGAUCUUAAGAGUCUUUAUGAAACAGAGGGUUCAAAAGAGGCCCCAGGUAAGAAUUUGAAGCGGAAAGGUGGUGUGGAAGAUGAUGAUGGCGAUGUGAAAAGAAAUAGCAAGAGGAAGAAGAGUAGGAAGGCAGUGUCUAUUAAUAGAUUAAAGACUGUUACUGGCAAUGGCAGCAAGAGUUUAGAAGAAGUCUACAAUGGCAGCUUGACUUCAGUUUCAUUCGAUUCGACUUCGAGGGACUCGAAGUUGUGUUUGAGUCAGAAGUCGAAUGACAGUGUUGGGCUCAAUGGGGUUUCACUAGCUUUGGAAGAUGAUGUUGUUAAAGUUCCGAGGCGGAAGCGAGGUAUUGUUAGGCGACGGAAAGUUGAGAAUGGCGGUGCAGUGUUAAAGCUCGAAGAUAAGAACGAAAAACUGGGUGAUGUUGAGGUUGGUAAGGGGACACCUGAUCAGGAUAAUGUGAAUCCUGUAGAUAAUGGCAAACAUUUUGAAUCUUCUAAGCUUAAAAGGAAGAAAAGACCAGAGGAUUUCAAGGAAAAUAGAACCAGUGAAUCCAAUUCAGUUAGAGAUGUGAAGGAAGAGGAUGGUCAAGACGAACUCUCAAUUGUAAAAAAUGGCGAGUCUUCCGCCAAGAUUACCCUUGCUGGUCAUUCAGCUGAAAAUGCUCAGGAUCACCCUUCAAAUGGGUCUCUUAGGAAGCGGAGCAGAAAAAGGAAGAACAAAGUGUCAGAUGUAAGAAGUCCAUCAAAGGAGGCUGAGCCUUCAGGCGAAAGAUCUGUCAAGAUUGUUGACAAGGUUGGACGUGAGGAUGAAGAAGAGAAUCUAGAAGAGAAUGCUGCAAGAAUGCUGUCUUCGCGGUUUGAUCCUAGCUUUACUGGGUACUUGUCGAAGAAGAAACUCUCAUCGUUACCACCUACCAAUAGCUUGAACCAUCAAUUGUCUUCUGGCAAAAAAUUUGUGCCUCGAGGAGAUAGUUAUGCUUCUGGUUCAGAUUCUGCUUCCGGCGAUGGUGCGGUUAGAGUUUUGCGACCGAGAAAGCUGUUCAAAGAGAAGGGUAGUGUUAGGAAGAGACGUCAUUUUUAUGAAAUUUUUUCUGGUGAACUGGAUGCACACUGGGUGUUAAAUAAGAGAAUCAAAGUAUUUUGGCCUUUGGACGAAAGUUGGUAUUAUGGCCUUGUUAGUGAGUAUGACAAAGAGAGAAAACUUCAUCAUGUCAAGUAUGAUGACCGUGAUGAAGAGUGGAUCAAUCUUCAGAAUGAGAGGUUUAAGCUCUUACUGUUCCCUUAUGAAGCACCAGGUAGAAACCACCGAAGAAGAUCUGUGUCAAGGAGGAAACGCUCCAUUGUAAGUGAAAGUAAAUUGAACCACAGCAAAGAUAGCAAGAAAAAAAUGACUGUAGAAGUUGAUAGCUUGGUUGGCAAUCAUAUGGAUUCAGAGCCCAUCAUCUCGUGGCUGGCUCGAUCAUCUAGAAGAGUGAAAUCUCCUCCAGUUUGUGUUCCAGAGAAGGAGAACGAGUCCUGUGAACACCCUGGUUGUGGGUUAUCUUUGACUAGGAAUACUAUGGAUGGUUGUGACUGCAAGGAUGGAAGGUCUCUGAAUGUUGGAACUGCCAGAACUACCUCUAGUUCUACUCUUCCAGAUGAACCAACCACAUCUAGAGGUGUGUUCCAUGCCACAGUGAGUCCUUUGUCUAACGACGACAAAAAGCUUCCAGUUGUCUACUACAGGAGGCGGUAUCGUAAGAAAAAAGUAUUGUUAUGUCAUGAUUCUAAAGUCAAUCGUAUGAGUAUUGGUGCUCCGGGUCCUGAUACUUGUGGUACUUCAUUAUAUUCCGAAGUGGCAUUUGACAAGUUGCUGCCUGUGGAUUCGCUGUGGUCAAUUGGUAGCACUGGAAUUUUGAAAUUGAAUUUCUCAAUGAUACUGUCAAGAAAUUUCACAUUUAAGUUGAGUUGCCCAGUGCCGUCUUUCCAGAGUUGCUCUUUCAGUAAGUUGAGCAUCUAUUUGUGCCAUGCUAUAUUGGUACUUAAGUUUGGGAAACUGAUGACUAUAUUGCCAAGGGUUCAGCUGGAGAUGCUUAUUGUGGAUAAUUUAGUGGGAUUGAGGUUUCUACUAUUUGAAGGAUGCUUGAAGCAAGCUGUGGCAUUUGUUUUUGUGGUCCUGGACAUAUUUGGUCAACCUGAUGAACCUGGGAAGUCUAUCCACUUAGAGUUGCCAGUGACUUCAAUAAGAUUCAAGUUCUCUUGUGCUAAUUUUGUUGGGAAGCAGCUUGCUUUCCUGUUCCAUAAAUUCUCCGAACUUGAAAAUUCAAGGUGGAUUCACCUGAACCGUAAAAUAAACAAGUACUGCAUACUUACCCAGCAACUACCUUUAUCCCAAUGUACUGACAAUAACAUUAAGGAUCUGCAAAAUGGUACAAAUAGGCUGCUUGCUUCUGCUUUGAUUGGCACCGGAAUGGUUAAGGGAUUCAGCAGGAGGUCCAGUCAGCGCAUUAGUUUCAUGAAUGUUUCUGGAGAGCCUAUACGGGGCAAAACUAUUCACUCUUUUGACCCUGAUAGGAAUCAAAGGUCUCCAAUGUCUCUCUCUUUUACUGCUGCACCUACCUAUUUUCUAGAUCUUCAUCGCAGAUUGCUUAUCGAGCACACUCUGACGCACAUCAGUUUUCAAGAUCAUGGCUCGGGGGGAGAUCCUCAAACCAGUGGGAGGUUGCUAGUGGAGGACCAGUCUUGUGUGGUAAAGUGCCCAAGUACAACUCCUAAAAGCAAUUCUCGCAACAUACUCAAGGCCGUGUCAAGGGACAAGGGUUCUGAUAAAGUCUCUAUAGCUCAUUUGAGGGACAAGGUGAAUUCCUCUUUGGAUCCCAAAUGCAGUACCACAGUUCGUACAUCCUCUGAUAUUGAGAAGCCUGUGAAUAUGAGUAAUGAUGGCAGUUAUGAGUUGCCACUUCAGCCUUUGGAUUCUGUGCAGCACAAAAUAUUGUGCCGGACAUCUGCUGGAGAUGAAGCCAAGUUCCAUACGGAAUUCCCUUCCCCUUCUCUUCGUAAUGGAAUCACAGUUGAAAUUCCUUCUGAUAAAAUUGAUAAACAUGUUGAUGGGGACUCACAUGUGCAACAAUCUUGUGGUGAUUUGUCAUGGAAUUUGAACAGUGGUAUUAUUCCCAGCCCAAAUCCUACUGCACGUAGAAGUACAUGGCAUCGAAAUAGAAGCAGUUCAGCUUCGUUUGGAGGCUUUGCGCAUGGAUGGUCAGAAGGAAAGGCCGAUUUUCUGCAGGGUAACUUUGGUAAUGGACCAAAGAAGCCACGCACACAGGUGAAUUAUGCUAUGCCUUUUGGGGGGUUUGAUCUUAGCUCCAGAGGUAAAGGUCAUCAGCACAAAAUGCAUCCACAUAAGCGGUUUAGGACUUCAAAUGAGAGGAGGUCUUCUGAUGCUUCUAGGGUCCCCGAAAAGAACCUAGAUUCUUUGUCUUGCAAUGUAAACCUUUUGCUAACUGUUAGUGAUAAAGGUUGGAGAGAGUCUGGGGUACAGGUUGUGCUGGAACUUUUUGAUCACAGUGAGUGGAGGCUUGCUGUGAAGCUUUCUGGCACCACGAAGUACUCAUACAAGCCACAUCAAUUCCUGCAGCCUGGGUCAACAAACCGGUUUACACAUGCUAUGAUGUGGAAAGGAGGAAAAGAAUGGAUAUUGGAGUUUCCUGACAGGAGCCAGUGGGCUCUUUUCAAAGAGAUGCAUGAGGAGGGUUAUGAUCGGAAUGUACGGGUUGCAUUAGUAAAAAAUAUUCCAAUUCCCGGUGUUCGAUUGAUAGAGGAAAAUGAGGGUUAUGUAUCAGAAGCACCAUUUCUGAGAACGUCUAAGUACUUUUGUCAGGAGGAAACAGACGUUCAGAUGGCUUUGAACCCAUCCAGAGUGCUGUAUGAAAUUGAUAGUGAUGAUGAGCAUUGGAUUUCAGAAAAUGAUAGUGUCCUAAAAGUUCAAAGUGGCAGUACCUUGGAGAUUUCUGAAGAUAUUUUUGAGAAAAUCAUGGAUACGUGUGAGAAAGCUACCUAUUCUCGGCAAUGUGACCGUUUAACUGCUGAAGAAGUAAAUGAUCUCAUGGUUGGUAUAGUGUCUCUGGAAGUAAUCAAGAUGGUUUUUCAGUACUGGCACCAGAAGAGAAGUAGGAAGGGAAUGCCACUGAUCCGACACCUUCAGCCACCGCGUUGGGAAAGAUAUCAACAAGAAGUGAGAGAGUGGGAGCAAGCGAAGGCCAAAAGUGUCCCUUUAAAUGGUUGCUCUAAGAAGGUUGCUCAAAACGAGAAGCCACCAAUGUUUGCAUUCUGCCUGAAACCACGUGGUCUGGAUUUACGUAACCGAGGGUCAAAGCAUAGGUCACAUAAGAAACUCUCAGUUUCUGGGCAAAGCAAUACCUUCUCUGUUUAUCACGACGGUUUUCAUGCUUACGGUAGACGAAUGAAUGGCUUUGCAUCUGGCGACGAGAGGGUUUUACAUUUGGGACAGAAUUAUGACUUCAUGGACGAUUCUCCAUUGCCACAGAGAUCUCCGAGAUUUUUCUCACCAAGGGAAGCAGAUGCAGGCAGCUUGGGUUACUUUUACCCCAAUCCUCAUAGAUGUCACCACUUGCAUAAGAAAUUUCAGAGGAGCAAAUCGAAAAAAGUGGCGGGGACUUCAACUCUUUCCCCCAUGGGACGUCCGAUGAUCCCUUCAUUCAAUCAGCGCAUGUUUGUGAAAAGGAACAAUGGCUUACAUCAGUGGCCAAACCAGCGACAACCUGACCGCCACCUAGAUUGGUCUCUUCAGCAUGAUCCUUACCAGUUGGAAGGCUCGGAUCUCGAAGAAUCACAGACUCGUGAUGCAUCCGGUGCAGCUCAGCAUGCUCUCAAGGUGGCUAAGUUCAAGAGAGAGAAAGCUCAGAGACUACUUUGUAGGGCUGAUUUAGCUAUCCACAAGGCUGUUGUUGCCUUGAUGACAGCUGAAGCUAUUAAGGCAGCUUCCUCAGAGGAUGCGAACGAUGAUGACAUGUGA